AUGGCUGGCUUCAACUCUGGCGCAGCUAGCUGGGUGCGCAAGUGCUGGGAGCCCGACUGUGCCAAGCGCCCGGCCUUCAACUACGAGGGCCAGUCUAAGGGCGCAUUUUGCAAGGCGCAUGCGGCGCCCGGGAUGGUGGACGUCGUAAGCCCGCGCUGCCAGCAGCCUGGCUGCACCAAGCAGCCCGUCUUCAACGACGAGGGCCAGUCCAUGGGCGCCUUUUGCAAGGCGCAUGCGGCGCCUGGCAUGGUGGACGUGAAGAGCCCGCGAUGCCGGGCAGCCGGCUGCACCAAGCACCCCGCCUUCAACUACGAGGGCCAGUCCAAGGGCAUCUAUUGCAAGGCACAUGCGGCGCUCGGCAUGGUGCUCCUGUUGGGCAGGCGCUGCCAAGCGCCCGGCUGCAUCAAGCAACCCAACUUCAACGACGAGGGCCAGUCCAAGGCCGUCUUUUGCAAGGCGCACGCGGCGCCCGGCAUGGUGGACGUGAACAGCCCACGCUGCCAGCAGCCUGGCUGCACCAAGCAGCCCGUCUUCAACGACGAGGGCCAGUCCAAGGGCGCCGUUUGCAAGGCGCAUGCGGCGCCUGGCAUGGUGGACGUGAAGAGCCCGCGAUGCCAGGCGCCCCGCUGCAUCAAGCAACCCAACUUCAACGACGGGGGCCACUCCAAGGGCAUCUAUUGCAAGGCGCAUGCGGCGCCUGGCAUGGUGGACGUGAAGACCCCGCGCUGCCAGGCGCCCCGCUGCAUCAAGCAACCCAACUUCAACGACAAGGGCCACUCCAAGGGCAUCUAUUGCAAGGCGCACGCGGUGCCCGGCAUUAUUAACGUGAAGACCCGGCGCUGCUAG